UAUUUAUUUUAUUAGAGCCAUUUUUUAAAGAGAGAGAAAAUCCAAUAUGGAGUUUUUACUACUCCCAUCCAACCGUAUUUAAUCCUUGCUUCAUAUGGAGCAAAACCCUAAGGGUUCUUGUAAGAACCAGUCGCCGCCAGAUUGAUCUUAGCCGUUAAUUAUAACUCUCUCCUUCUCCUUCUCUACAUUUCCAUCUCUUUAUACUCUCUUCUCUGAUAUACCUUACUGAGUUUUUCUUAUUUCCUCAUUUCAACUUCUCUUCAUAGAUUCUUAUUGCCGUUUGUUUUAUUGCUUCCUUUUACCUAGAAACAUGGCCCUUCAAACUUGUCUACUUUAUGUCAAGCAAUCGAUUCUUGGAGAGUAACCCAUAUUUCUGUUAUUAUUAUUUUGGUGGCUAAUAAUCGACGUUUGUAGUUUAGGAUUGAGAAUAUUGAUUUGGUUGCAGUUUCGAUCUUAUGUAGUUUAAAGUUAUCUUCUUGGACCUGUAUAUAUGGGGUUUAGCUGUUUUAAAAGUAGAAAGUUUUCGUUUUGGGAUCUUUUAGGGUUUAGGUUGUGAUUGUUGCUACUGUGUAUUUAUCAGUUUUUGAGUUGUUGUAGUGGGUGAUGAUCAAAUUGGGGUUUUGAAUAUGUUAUCUGAAUUGGAUAGGAGACCGAUGAUAGGAACUAAUGACGGAUCAUUCGGUGAUGAUUUAGAGAAGGAAAUAGGGUUGUUGCUGCGUGAACAACGCAAGCAAGAGACUGAUGAUCUCGAGAGAGAGCUCAAUUUGUACAGAAGUGGUUCUGCGCCUCCAACCGUGGAGGGUUCAUUGAGUGCUGUUGGGGGCUUGCUAGGUGGUGGAGGCGGUGGUGCUAGUGCGGCCUUUGCUGAGUUUGUUAGCUGCAAAAAUGGGAAUGGUCUGGUGUCAGAGGAGGAGCUUAGGUCUGAUCCAGCUUAUUUAUCGUACUAUUACUCAAAUGCAAAUUUGAACCCUAGGCUUCCACCUCCUUUGAUUUCCAGGGAGGAUUGGAGGUUCGCACAAAGAUUGAAGGGUGGAGGGAGUUCAGUUUUAGGUGGAAUUGGAGAUAGGAGGAAAGUGAAUAGGGCUGAUAAUGGGAGUGGAAGAUCUUUGUUCUCUAUGCCGCCAGGAUUUGAUUUGAGGAAACAAGAAAGUGAGGUUGAGCCUGACAAGCUUCGUGGCUCGACGGAGUGGGGUGGUGAUGGGCUGAUUGGUUUACCAGGUUUAGGUCUUGGGAGUAAACAGAAGAGUCUUGCAGAAAUCUUUCAGGAUGAUUUGGGGCGUGCAACUCCCGUGACAGGCCACCCUUCUCGCCCUGCUAGCAGUAAUGCAUUUAAUGAAAAUAUUGAGACUGUAGGUUCAGCUGAAGCUGAGCUGGCUCAUUUGCGCCGCAAUCUGUCAUCUACAGAUACUCGACGAUCGGGUUCAAAUGGUCAGGGCUCAUCUGCUGUCCAUAAUAUUGGGCCACCUUCAUCUUAUUCUUAUGCUGCCGUUGUAGGUUCUUCCUUGUCUAGAAGUACUACUCCUGAUUCCCAACUUGUUGCUAGGGUCCCCAGUCCUUGCCCUACCCCCAUUGGGCAGGGGAGGGCUUCUGCAUCUGAAAAGAGAGGUAAUAGUGGUUCAAACUCAUUUAAUGGUGUUACAUCUUACAUAGGUGAGUCUACAGAUUUGGCAGCUGCUUUGUCUGGCAUGAACUUGUCAACAAAUGGUGUGGUUGAUGAAGAAAACCAAGAGGAUGUUGAUAUCUUUGGUCUCAAAGGAGGUCAGAAUCAUGUGAAGCAAAAUGCAUACCUAAAGAAGGCUGAAUCUAGACAUUUACAUAUGCCUUCUCUUGCUCAAUCAGCAAAGAUUUCCUACUCUGAUUUGGCUAAAAGCAAUGGUAGUGGGUCAGACCUGAACAAUUCGUCCUUGAUAGUUGAUAGGCAGGUUGAGCUGCAGAAAUCUGGUUUUCCUUCUGGUAAUUCUUACGUGAAAGGAUCACCGACCAACACUGUUAAUAGUGGAGGUGGCUUACCUCUGCAGUAUCAGCAUGUAGAUAAUGCAAACUCAUCUCUUUCAAACUAUGGGUUAAGUGGAUAUCCUGUCAAUCCAGCAUUGGCUUCUAUGAUGGCCAGCCAACUUGCCACUGGUAAUCUACCAAUGUUGUUUGAAAAUGUUGCUGCAGCCUCAGCUGUGGCUGUCCCUGGAAUGGACUCAAGAGUGCUUGGAGGAGGACUGGGGUCUGGAGCAAAUCUAACAGCUGCUGCCUCCGAGACACUUAAUUUUGGAAGAGUGGGUAGUCCAAUGGUUGGGAGCGCCCUUCAGGCGCCUUUUGUUGAUCCAUUAUAUCUCCAGUACUUGAGGACUCCUGAGUAUGUUGCGGCUCUUAAUGAUCCCUCAAUUGAUAGGAACUACUUAGGUAAUUCUUAUAUGAAUAUACUUGAACUUCAGAAAGCUUGUGUUGGAGCUCUUUUAUCAUCUCAGAAAUCACAUUAUGGUGUUCCAAUAGGCAGUAAAUCUGGUGGUUCUAAUCAUCAUGGCUAUUAUGGGAAUCCUGCCUUUGGUGCUGGUAUGUCAUAUCCUGGAAGUCCUUUGGCAAGUCCUGUUAUUCCAAACUCCCCAGUUGGACCUUGCAGUCCAAUAAGACACACUGACUUGAAUAUGCAUUUCCCUUCUGGGAUGAGUAACUUAGCCGGGGGCAUCAUUGGACCAUGGCACUUGGACUCGGGAGUUAACAUGGAUGAAAGCUUUGCAUCCUCUCUUCUAGAAGAGUUUAAGAGCAAUAAAACUAAAUAUCUUGAACUUUCGGAAAUCGCUGGCCAUGUUGUUGAGUUUAGUGCGGACCAGUAUGGAAGUCGGUUCAUUCAGCAAAAACUCGAGACAGCCACAACUGACGAGAAAAACAUGGUUUAUCAAGAAAUCAUGCCCCAAGCUCUUGCUUUAAUGACUGAUGUGUUUGGUAAUUAUGUAAUACAGAAGUUCUUUGAGCAUGGGCUUCCUUCACAGAGAAGAGAACUGGCUCGCAAGCUUUUUGGUCAUGUUUUGACACUUAGCCUUCAAAUGUAUGGUUGUCGAGUGAUCCAGAAGGCCAUUGAGGUUGUUGAUCUAGACCAGAAGAUUAAAAUGGUCGAAGAGCUUGAUGGUCAUGUCACGCGUUGUGUACGCGACCAGAAUGGGAACCAUGUAAUCCAAAAGUGUAUUGAGUGUGUUCCUGAAGAAAAUAUCCAAUUUGUUGUCUCAACAUUCUUUGAUCAAGUUGUGAAUCUCUCCACCCAUCCAUAUGGGUGCCGUGUAAUACAGAGGAUAUUAGAGCAUUGCAAGGACCCAAAAACACAAAGUAAAGUCAUGGAUGAGAUUUUAGGAUCUGUUAGCAUGUUGGCACAAGAUCAAUAUGGCAACUACGUUGUUCAGCAUGUGCUGGAGCAUGGAAAACCCCAUGAACGAUCCGCUAUUAUUAAGGAGUUAGCUGGGAAGAUAGUUCAGAUGAGUCAGCAGAAGUUUGCCUCCAAUGUUGUGGAGAAGUGUUUAACUUUUGGUGGUCCCAGUGAGCGAGAGUUACUGGUGAAUGAGAUGCUCGGAACCACUGAUGAAAAUGAGCCUCUUCAGGCAAUGAUGAAAGAUCAAUUUGCAAACUAUGUUGUACAAAAAGUGCUCGAGACUUGUGAUGACCAACAACGCGAGUUGAUUCUCACGCGAAUAAAAGUUCAUUUAAAUGCAUUGAAGAAGUAUACCUAUGGAAAGCAUAUCGUUGCUCGUGUAGAGAAACUUGUUGCUGCUGGGGAAAGGAGAAUGGCUGCACAGUCUCUGCACGCCGCUUAGGUGGCAUAGGAAAGAAAGUUUGUACAGCUAACUGAGGCUAGUGUGAGCUUCAUCUCUUUCUUCCUUCUGGUAUCUAGAGCUAUGUCUCUACCUAUCUUUUUAGACAGGUAUGAGCUGAUUGAAAAUAAACGUUGUUGCUUGUACUUGAAACUGUACAUUGUGUAGUUGUAAGGUUUAUACAGAGUUGAGGAAGCCGAGGAUCAGAGGUUAAAUACGCCUGAUGCCACUGCAAGAGGACAUUAAUGACUAUACAAGUUUUUAAGGGUGUAAAAAAAAAAGUGAUCAAAUGUUGAGGUAGUCUAAACGUGACUGUACAAAUGUUGUUAUGUGGAGAGCUAUUAUGUUAGGUGAGGCAAGAGUUCUCCUUUCAUGUAUCGGUAUUUUACUAUUUUUUCCUUUUCCCUUAGAAAGUACAUUUUUCUUA